AUGUCUGAAAACACAAGAAGUUCGGCAUUCAGAAAAAUCGACGUCGAUCAAUUCAAUGAAAAUUUCAAAGAAGACGAACAACCGGAAAAUCAAUCGACAACUGCCAUUCCAGAUGAAUCUGAAAUUACAACGAUGAUUAAUCAAGGUCGUUUUGCUGAUGCUUUAAAAUCUGCAUUGAAAAAUGCACCUUUAGGAUCAAAAAAUCAACAAUUAAGGGACAAUGCCUUAAAUGUUGUAAUGAAAGUUCUUCUGGCCACCAAACUAUCUCAAAUAGAAGAAGUUGUUGCUCAGUUAGAUGUUGACAUGGUAGAUAUUCUUAUGAAGUAUAUUUACAAAGGAUUUGAAAAGUCAACUGAGAAAAAAAGCAGUCAUCUUCUUAUGUGGCAUGAAAAAGCCUAUGCCAUUGGCGGAGCUGGUAGUAUAAUCAGAGUGCUAACUGACCGCAAAAAAGUGUAA